AUGGCGGAUAGAGGAUCACACAGAGGCGGCGGUCGAGGAGGUAGCGGUGGCAGUGGUUACCGCGGACGUGGAGGUGGAGGAGGAGGACGCGGAGGCGGCGGCGGUGGCGACCGCGGAGGAGCCCAGGGGUCCGGCGGCGAUCGUGAGAGGCCCAAGAAGGAGAAUAUUCUCGACCUGUCAAAGUACAUGGACAAACAGAUCACCGUCAAGUUCAACGGCGGGCGCGAAGUUACCGGCACACUCAAGGGAUAUGAUGCCUUGAUGAACCUAGUGUUGGACGAAGUCCAGGAGGUCAUGAGAGACGAGGAAGGAAACGAAACAACAAGAUCCCUCGGCCUCGUCGUUGCCCGCGGAACUCUACUCGUCCUUGUCAGCCCUGUCGAUGGCAGCGAACCCAUAGCGAACCCCUUUGCGCAGCCUGAUGAGGAAUGA